AUGAAAAUCCUCGAUGCCGGCGACGCGCCGCUUUCUAAUGCAGACGUACUGGACUGGCUGAAGCGUAAGCGUGCGCAGCAUGAGGCCGAAGACGAAGAGGACAAGACCAAAGGCAUCAAGCCCGCCGAGCGGCCCCAAAACUUCAUGAAGGCGCUGAACCGCACCGAGCGUGAACUCACUUCCGACAAAUACCCAUACGUGACCAAUCCCACCGCAUACGACGGCAACGCUCGCAGAACGCAAUUCCAAAGGUUCGUUCAAGAAGUCGACGAUGUCGUGCAAGCACAGCUGCUGGAUGAGUGGACGGAGAGGCUGCAGACAAUGAGGCAGGAGCAGGUUGAGAAGGAGUUUCAUCCGGUGCAGGAUAUGAAGAAUUUGACGGAGCCCGAGUUGCUCAUGAUUUACAACAUCGCCCCGACAUGUGUGGAGAUGCUGCAGCCGAUAGUGGAGAAUGUGGAGGACAGAUUUACCGCUGAAGAGCAGCAGAUGAUUGUGGACGUCAUUAUGCKUGUGCUGAGGCCGAACGAGAUGCAAGGAUGA